ACUCGGCUCUUUUCGCUGAUGCGGGAGCUUGGGGGCCGCCGCCGCUAGAGAGACGCUUUCCUUUUUUAUUUUUUUUCCAUGUGUUCACUUCCGGGUCCGGCGCCGAUCCGGAUGCCCGAGGCAGAAGGAUGUUUGACCUCCGGAUAAGCGAGGCGCCGCUGUGCAUUCAUUCCCGGCUGCAUCGGUGGCGACAGCAGCGGCCCGGGCGGCGACUCUCCGGCCAGAGGCGGCGGUAGGAGGCACCGGCAGUAGUGCAGGGAGCGAGUCCGAGCGGAGCUGCGUUCCCUCCCUCGCUCGUUCUUUCCCCCCCCUACCUCGCUCGCUCCCUCCCUGCGUGGCUCGCUUUCCUCCUCCGGUCGCCGGCGGGUGUGAUGUGCCGCCGCCGCUGCCCCCGCCGCCGCUGACUGACGGAGCAGGGGGCGCCGCCCGCGCCCGGGACCGACCCCGCAGCUCGCGGCCGCGCCUCUGAGCUCUCUAUCAAUAUCAGCUUACAUCAUUGAAAAGAUAAUUUUGAAGAUAUGUUUUGCUGAAAAGACAACUGAGAAAAAUUUUACGAAUGGGAUGAACACGCUCCAGUUAACUGACUACCUACUGCAAUUCGAAUGUUAACAAUUACCCACCUGGUACAGUUAACCUAGUGAUGUACCUGUUCUCACAAUACCCUAUUUCAUUGUGCUUGUCUUGAUUAAAGAAUUCAAAGUGGAGUACCGCAAACUUGAUAUGGAUAAUAAAAAGAAAGACAAGGACAAAUCAGAUGAUAGAAUGGCACGACCUAGUGGUCGGUCGGGACACAACACUCGAGGAACUGGGUCUUCAUCCUCUGGAGUUUUAAUGGUUGGACCUAACUUUAGAGUUGGAAAAAAAAUUGGAUGUGGCAAUUUUGGAGAAUUACGAUUAGGGAAAAAUUUAUAUACAAAUGAAUAUGUGGCAAUUAAACUGGAGCCCAUGAAAUCCAGAGCACCACAGCUGCAUUUGGAAUACAGAUUCUACAAGCAGUUAGGAUCUGGAGAUGGUAUACCUCAAGUUUACUAUUUUGGCCCUUGUGGUAAAUACAACGCCAUGGUGCUCGAACUGCUGGGACCUAGUUUGGAAGAUUUGUUUGAUUUAUGUGACAGGACGUUUUCUCUUAAGACAGUUCUCAUGAUCGCUAUCCAGCUGAUCUCUCGCAUGGAAUAUGUCCACUCAAAGAACUUGAUAUACAGAGAUGUAAAGCCUGAGAACUUCUUAAUAGGACGACCAGGAAAUAAAACCCAGCAAGUUAUUCAUAUUAUAGAUUUUGGUUUGGCAAAGGAAUAUAUUGAUCCAGAGACAAAGAAACACAUACCAUACAGAGAACACAAGAGCCUUACAGGAACAGCUAGAUAUAUGAGCAUAAACACACAUUUAGGAAAAGAACAAAGUAGAAGAGAUGACUUAGAAGCUUUAGGUCAUAUGUUCAUGUAUUUUCUGAGAGGCAGUCUUCCUUGGCAAGGUUUAAAGGCUGACACAUUAAAAGAGAGGUAUCAGAAAAUUGGAGAUACAAAACGAGCCACACCAAUAGAAGUGUUAUGUGAAAAUUUUCCAGAAAUGGCAACAUAUCUUCGUUAUGUAAGAAGGCUAGAUUUUUUUGAAAAACCAGACUAUGACUACCUAAGAAAGCUUUUUACUGACUUGUUUGAUCGAAAAGGAUAUAUGUUUGAUUAUGAGUAUGACUGGAUUGGUAAACAGUUGCCUACUCCAGUGGGUGCAGUUCAGCAAGAUCCUGCUCUGUCAUCAAACAGAGAAGCACAUCAACACAGAGAUAAGAUGCAACAAUCCAAAAACCAGGUUGUAAGCUCUACAAAUGGAGAGUUGAACACAGAUGACCCUACCGCAGGACGUUCCAAUGCACCCAUUACAGCCCCUACGGAAGUGGAAGUGAUGGAUGAGACCAACUGCCAGAAAGUGUUGAACAUGUGGUGCUGCUGUUUUUUCAAACGAAGGAAAAGGAAAACCAUACAGCGUCACAAAUGAUUCUGGACACAGACAGAUCAUGGGGAGUUACUUACGUGUUCAUCUGCUGUCUUGUGAUUAAAAUCAUCUCUGUAGUGACCACAUAUAUUUCCAAGGACUCACUCUUAGAAACAAAAUGUCAUACUUUCAUACUUCAUUUUGUGGUUGUCUUACAUUCAUAUUUUUUUCUAAUUUAACUUUUAUGGAAGCUUUAAAGUUUUGUCCAAACAUGAGUGCUUUGCCCAUCAAUGAAUGGAAUGGACCGAGGAGGUGGUACUGACGGAUACAGUUCUAAAGACAUUUUUCAGAAGCUCUCCUCCUGUUGUAGAAAGCAGUACAGUAUCUUCAGUGUCAAACAGUUACAUGCCUAAUCUGGUUUGUUUUUUUUUUAUAACUUCUGUAAGAGCAUAAUCAAGCAGGAAUUUUCUCCCCAGUGGAUAAUGCAACAGAGAAGACGCAGUUGCCCAAAUAUGUAAAAGAAGUUAUUUUGUGAGAAGUUCAUUUCUUGUGUGACAUCCGCAUUGAUUUCAGUAUUACUGAUGGUACUGCUAGUCAUGAGUCAUAUUAACAUUCUCUCUGUGAAAUCAUGGUACAGUCACUGCCCAGAGGUACUGAGGAAAAAGCUCUAUGGGUUUGGCAGACGGUAGUGGUCAAACGAAUCACCAGUAGCGUGCUAGAUAGGAGCUCUGCUUUUGUGGCACCACGACGUGAAGUACAGUGUUGCUGAAGUGGCAAAAGCGCCUUUAAAAAAAAAAAAAAAUGCAAAAUAUUUGUAUAAUGUAACUUUAUGCUUCCAGAUAAUUAUGUUAGACAGCAAGAAAUGAAUACUUUGAGAAAUUAAAUAUUUUUUUUUUUUUUUUUUAAAUACACUAAGGAGAAGAAAUAAAUGUGAAUCUCAUUGCAAUGUGUAAGGUUGAAGUCUGAGGAGAUCCCACUGAAACCUGCUGAAUGAUUACAUUCUCCCUUAAGCAGAAAAUUUUGGAUGUGCCAUGCAGUGGUGUCUGUUUAUUAAUUAUUUGCUCUUUGAUAAAAAAAAAAAUAAGGACCCCCAGCAAUAAAAACUGGGUCACUCUAUUGCCCUCUGUGCACAUUAGUCUCUUGUAUUCAACUUUGCUGGUUCUCUGAAAUUUUCCUACUUUUUAGUAUAAUUUUGAUGAUUGAAAACUAUUUUGGAAAGGAUGGGUCAGGUGCUUUGCCUCCAUAGUCUUUUGAAGUGCCUGCAUAUGAACAAAGUAACAGUUCUGUAAAAAAGGAAACCCAUUCCACUUUUUAAGUAUGCUUUGUUUUAAGCCAUAAAGACACAGGUGUACUUUAGUCGCAUUCUACUAGCCAGAUUCUUCAAGAAGAGUUAAGACAUAAAGACUGGCUAGAACAAGAAUGAUGUUUUUCAAAUCUCAUCUUCACCUUUCAUGUAGAAGAUUGCUACUUACUCUUUCCAUGAAGCCCUUUCUUUGUCUUUAAGUGCAUGCCUUCCGGCGUGCUUAUUUAUUUUUAUUGUCUCAAGGUAACAUUUAAAAUGUGUAAUUAAAGUAAAUAAAUUACAUUUUUGACUUCAUUAUUGCAUUUACAGGGAUUUAAUUGUACUUGGUAAUUUAUUUUUUCUUAUUAGUCAAAAGUUCAGCGUGUUGUUUUUGACAAAUUAGGCGCCCAUAUGAAUACUGCAAAUCAGGACAUUGUUUAUCAUUGUUGCUCUGAAUCGUCUGAAUGAUCUUUUCAAGUUCUUGAUUUUAAAGGCCCACGCUCAGCCUAGAAGACAUUUGCUGUAUAAUUUGGUCAACAGUUUCCAUUCUGUCUAUUUGUAUACUGUCAUGAUGUCUUAAACGACAGGAGUUACAUACUGAGUUUUUAUUUUUUGUUUGCCUUGAGCAAGGUAGAUGGAUGUUUUGGCCAUUAUAAUGUGAAACCACUUUUUUCUUUACAGUAUUUGACCAAAUUUGUGUGUCUAUGAUAUUUGUAAAUACAUGCGAUAUCUGUAUUUCUUAUCAUAAGCCUAUUUAGUUUUAUUCUCAGUAGGGUUUUUGGACUGUACAGUGUUUAUAUGAUCUGAACUCCUUAUACAUAAGAAGGUGUGUAUAUUAAUCCAAUUAUGGACUUAAAAUAUUUUAAAAGUAUAAAUACCCUUAUUUGCUGCAAAGACCAGUGUGUAGACAUUUGCUUUUUAGCAAUAUUUUUAAGUGCUCCAUUUUAAUGCCAAGGAAUAAGUCUUUUGGCAACACAAACUGGUCAAUAAUAGGUAAUGCAGGUAUGUUCAGGUUAAGCCAACAAUGUUUUGCAUUUUUAUGCUUCUUUUCUGUCAACACUAAUGAAGUCAACAUUGCCUGAAUGUCUGAUAAUGAAACACAUCCCUGUUUAAAAGUAUGUAACUGAAAAAGAAAUAAAAAAUAAAGGUAGUUUUUUUAAACUCGCUUUUUCCCCCUUCCUCUAAUCACGGGUGAAGUGAUGCUACUCGUAAUAACCUAAGGUAGGAAUUUUAAAAAUCCGGUUCAUUUAGUUUUGUGUAUGUGAGAAGCCGAGCUAAAGGAAGACGCUUUUGUGUUUUGUGUUUCUGUUUGCAUUUUGCUUUGUGGAAGCCCCAGCAUAAAGAGUACAUACCUGGAACUAUCUGAGCUUUCCUUCAAGAAAAAGCCUUUUACACUUCCCUGAACCAUUUAAUAGAGCAAUUAAA